AUGUUGUCUUCCGCUGGAUCGCUGCUUAUGCGGCGCGAUAACAUGCCAAAGCCUGAUCUUGGCUAUGAGCUUCAGCAACUCCCCGACUGGUCGAGAUUCGUAUUCCUCGCCAACUUCAUCCUCUUCCUCCCCGUCUUUGUUCUCAUCAACUACACCUUCGAAAAGGUCUUCCCCGUUCUCGCCAUCGUCGAAGAUGAGAAACCUCCCGCUUACGAACCUCUCCCCGUCGAGCCUCUCGCCAACGAUGACAUGCCCAAGCCCGCUUCUACUUCCUCUGUCCCUAUCGCUGGCCAUGGCCGUCCCGUCACUUCGUCUUUCCGAGCUACCUGGCGCCUACUCCGAUCUACUGGUGGUUUCCGCGCCAUCUUCCGUGGUCUGCCCUGCUUCCUCGCCCAAGCUGUCGUCACGGCACUCAUCAACGGCAUCACCUAUGCCGUCAUUCCUUAUUCCUUUGUUCUGUCCAACUUGAUCGGUUCUCUCGUCUGCGUUCAGCUCAGCGCCGCCUGGGUCCACAUCGUCAUCACGCCUCCUUCUCCUCUCAAGUUCUGGAGCCGUCUCCCUCCUUUCAAGACCACUUUCGCCGCCACCUGGAGACCUACUCUCAUCUUCUGGGCUGCCUCUCAGAUCGUCAAUCUUGGCACCUUCGGUGUUCUCUACCUGUUUGGCGGCGACCAGACCAAUGAGAUUCCUCAGCUCCACGGUCUCGGCAGCGUUUUCGGCAUCCUGCUCGUCGCUGUCCUUCUCCAGGUCGCUAUCCAGAUUCCCGCCUACGUUGUGCUCGUUCGAGUCCAGGCCUCUCUUCUCCCCGCUGACGCCGACACCAUCAUUCCUUUCGACCGCUCUUUCAACGGCCGUAUCGAGCCCGUUGUUGUCGGUGGCCUCGGCUAUGCUACUGUUCGUGACGCCUGGUCCAGCUUCUCCAAGUCUGCCUGGCGCCGUAUUGUCAUGCUCAGCGUCAAGAUCGUCGCUGUCACCUUCGCUGCCCUCUGUGUCAUCUUCGCCGUUAUCAUCCCUCAGGUCAUCCUCCUGGCUGCCAUGGGAACCGACAACGGUGAUGGCAACCAGGACAUCAAGAUGUAA